AUGGCCGCACAGCCACAGCAAACUUCCCAGCGUGCCAAUCCCUACCUCUCGCCAAACCAGCAAGGCCUCUUGCUGGCUGCCCUGAACUCGCAGGCGCAGACAAAGCAGACGACGGCCUCUCAAGUCAAGCGCUCCGAUAGCGACCCCGCGACAAUGGACACAGCCAAUGGCAACACGCUCUUCAUGACCCCAACCAACGGCCACCUCGGCAGCUUCGAGUACACCCCAGACCUCGACUACCUAGACGGCGGCGACAACUUCGACUUUGAGAAUGCCGACCUCGGAGGUGUUAUGAUCGGUGCUCUCCCAGGCAGUGGAGCUGGCAAUGACAUUGAAAAUGGUGAAGGACACGAGAAGCGGAAAAGUCCCGACGACAACAACGACGAAGAAGGCGGUGAUGCGAAACGACAGGAGACCAAGGAGGGUGAGAAGGGCGUCAAGAAGCCUGGCCGCAAGCCGCUCACUAAUGAGCCUACAACUAAGCGCAAGGCCCAGAACCGUGCCGCCCAACGCGCCUUCCGCGAGCGCAAAGAGGCGCAUUUGAAGGACCUCGAAACAAAAGUCUCUGAGCUCACCAAAGCGCAAGAAGCUGACAAGCACGAAAAUGGCAUGCUCAAAGCUCAAGUCGACCGCCUCCAGAUAGAGCUCAAGGAGUAUCGCAAGCGGCUGUCUCUGAACUCUGGCGUAAGCCGUUCGCCCCCACUCACUGCUAAGAACAGCCAAAAUCGCAGCAACAGCAAUCCAUCCUCAACCGGCGGCAACUUCCAAUUUGACUUUCCUAAGUUCGGAGCACUUCCAGGAAGUCAGAUCUUCGGCAACCAGGGUGGGAAUGGGAAUGCAUCGAACUCUGGCGUCCUCAAGCGCGACAGUCUGACUCCGCCACAAGUCACGCAAUCUCCGACCGCGAUCAGCGGCUAUCGCCAGCAGUCGCAGUCGCAGUCGCAGUCGCAAACACAGCCUCACUCGCAAACUUGCCGUCAGAGCAGCAUGGCCCGCAGCUUGAGUCCGACAAGCAUGCAAAACAAUGGAGGCAAAACUGGCACCCCUUCACAGUUCACCAACCUCAACCCAUCUUUCGCGGCGUACAGCACGAACAACAACAUGCACGGCUUUGCAAGCACUUUGCCUCAGAUGAACGGCGGCAAUGAUGGACUCGCAGACCUAUUCAGCCCUAGCCUACUCAAGAGUGCCAGCGUCGAUGGCUACUUCGACGACUCGCAGACCAGCAAUAGUAACUCGAACAACUCGCAAGCAGUUAACGGGAACGGCGGCAAUGACAGCACUUCUGGUCUGAACCGCGUUUUCCAGUUCAACAGUAGCAGCAGUACGAGCGAUGGCACAUCUCCGAGCGCAAGUUCGCAAAGUCAGUGGAACGGUAAUGGUGCGAACAGCUCAUGUGGCACAUCACCUGAGCCAUCCCAUGGCAGCCCUGCGAUCAACGACAAGGCGCAAAUGCCUACUCAGAAGCAGCAGUCGCCCUUGUCGCAGUUCACGGACAUCAACGGUCUAGCCAACACGGGCAUGAACGCGACUUUCGGGCUUCCGAACAUAGACUACAACGUACCGUCGCUUGGCAGCUUUGAUCCAGUGUCGUUGGGCGACUACAGAGACAGCAAUGAUGCCAUUGUGGGCGGGGGUGACUUCACGGGCGGGUUCUUCGACGAUGCUCUCAACUCCGCAUCUUUCGACUACGGCUCACCCAGCAACCUGUUUGGCAUUCUCCAGUCACCACAACAAACAUACAACCCUCUGCCUGCACCGCACAGCGUUAUUUCCGCAAGCCAUCCAGCGCCUAGCCAAGCGCUUAUGGCUGAGAUUGAGAACGCCCGCGAUGGUGGUGACGACGACUACGGUCUACCAAACAAUAAGCAGCAAUCCAAGCCGCAGACAAAGGCUGACAGUACCGGCAAGCUCAUCAGCUGUAACAAUAUCUGGAACCAGCUGCAAUCAAACCCCGAUUUCCAAGAAGGCAAGUUCGACCUCGAUGGGUUGUGCUCUGAGCUUCGUGCCAAGGCGAGAUGUUCCGAGAGUGGUGUGAUGGUUGACCAGGAUCAUGUCGAUGCUGCGCUGAAAAAGCUCGGGAAGAAGGAUCAGAAGGGCAAGGUUAUGGACGUUCCGCCGCUGAUGUUCGAGCAGGAGAGCUGGGACAACGUUUUGAAGAAGCUGCGAGAAGAUUGCGCAUGA